AUGUUUGGUUACCAUCUCUUCCUUCUAUACAGAUACCUCAGACUGCCUCACACCACAGUCAUUGGCUUUGAAAACAAUGACAAGAAAGCUUGGGUUGAGAGAAUUAUGCAGGUUGAUAACAAGGAUGUUGGGACAGCAGUAACUGUGAUCACAUCAAACAUAUCCGCGGCAACCAACUUAGCAACAAUCUCACUAACUCUCUGCUCUCUCAUCGGAGCCUGGGUCGCGAAUAAUUCAAAGAUCUUCCAGAGUGAACUAAUCUAUGGUGAUACAAGGGCAUCCACCAUGUCAAUCAAGUACAUUGGCCUCCUCAUAUGCUUCCUCUUGGCGUUUUCGUGCUUUGUUCAAUCAUCAAGGUCCUUUAUCCAUGCAAAUUAUCUAAUCAGCACACCAGAUACUGAUAUUCCUGUGGAAUAUGUUGAGUUAGCAGUGAUAAGGGGUGGUGAUUUUUGGUCACUUGGGCUUAGAGCACUCUAUUUUGCUACAACAUUGCUCCUAUGGUUUUUUGGUCCAAUACCAAUGUUUGCUACAUCAGUAAGCAUGGUGUUUCUGCUCCAUCUCCUUGACACCAAUACAACCCCGUUGCAUCCCCAUCGUUCCCUUAGGAAGCAGAAGCAGCCUGUGAAAAGGGUAGAAGAACAAGUGACUGGGGUUGCUAUGUCUGUUGAGUAUCUGGAGAGGUAG